AUGGACGGCAUCCAGCUCCGCGAUGAGGCGGUCAGGGAUCGCAUUCGUGCCGCUGAGGAGUUUCUUGAUCCACAGGACCCUCGCGCACGAAGCUACCAGGCCGAAAUCCUCCUCAUGCUCAAUCGCGGCCUGCGACGGCUCACCGUGAGCAUCGACGAAAUCCGCAAUCACAGCAGGGAAAUGUCCGAUGGCCUUCUCAAUCAGCCCUUUGACUGGUCCCAAGCCUUUGAUCGCGCCUUGUUCAAUAUUGUACAGACUCUGAGGAACCGAGCUACGCAGGCGGUGGAUGAAGAGCAGAUGUACUACUGCGCAUACAUUGGCAGCUUUGGCGAGUAUGCCUGCAAUCCGAGAACGCUGUCCUCACAAUACCUGAACCACAUGGUCUCGCUGGAGGGAAUUGUUACAAAAUGCUCGCUAGUCCGACCGAAGGUGGUCAAGAGUGUGCACUGGAACGAAACGAAGUCGACUUUUCACUUCCGCGAAUACAGAGACCAGACCAUGACAGCUAAUGGCGCAGCGAGUAUGAGUGUCUACCCGCAAGACGAUGGCGAGGGAAAUCCUCUAGUCACAGAAUACGGAUACUGCACCUACAGAGACCAUCAGACUAUCUCGAUCCAGGAAAUGCCAGAGCGAGCGCCUGCUGGACAGCUGCCUCGUGGUGUCGAUGUCAUUAUGGACGACGAUAUGGUUGACAGAGUGAAGCCUGGAGACAGGAUCCAACUUGUCGGCAUCUACCGUUCUCUGGGCAACCGCAAUGCUGGGCAGGGCAGCUCGACCUUUAAGACUCUCAUUCUGGCCAAUAAUGUCAUUCUGCUGUCGUCGAAAUCGGGAGGUGGCAUUGCUCAAGCCAACAUCACCGAUACCGAUAUCAGGAACAUCAACAAGAUCUCCAAAGGCCGCAGAGUAUUCGACCUGCUCUCGCAAUCACUCGCUCCCAGUAUUUACGGCCAUGACUAUAUUAAAAAGGCCAUUCUCCUGAUGUUGCUUGGUGGUAUGGAGAAGAAUUUGGACAACGGCACUCAUCUUCGUGGAGAUAUCAACAUUCUCAUGGUCGGUGAUCCAUCCACUGCCAAGUCUCAACUCUUGCGAUUCGUUCUGAACACCGCACCAUUGGCCAUUGCGACGACUGGUCGUGGAUCGUCUGGUGUCGGUCUUACAGCAGCAGUGACCUCGGACAAGGAGACUGGCGAACGACGACUGGAGGCAGGAGCCAUGGUUCUUGGUGAUCGUGGUGUUGUUUGUAUCGAUGAGUUCGACAAGAUGUCUGAUGUCGAUCGAGUGGCCAUUCACGAAGUGAUGGAGCAGCAGACAGUCACAAUCGCAAAAGCUGGCAUCCACACGUCGCUGAACGCACGUUGCUCAGUCAUUGCAGCUGCCAACCCCAUCUAUGGCCAAUACGACACGCACAAGGACCCGCACAAGAACAUUGCCCUACCCGACUCGCUCCUCUCGCGUUUCGAUCUGCUCUUUGUUGUCACGGACGACAUUGAGGAUGUUCGAGAUCGUCAAGUGUCUGAGCACGUCCUACGAAUGCACCGCUACCGCCAGCCGGGCACUGAAGAAGGCGCUCCUGUACGUGAACAAGCGAAUCAAACUCUCGGUGUCGGUAUCGAAGAGGAAGGCGAUGCAAACAAACCCAGCGAGGUGUACGAGAAGUUCAACGCAAUGCUACACGCUGGUGUGACUAUCACAGUCGGUCGUGGAUCGCAAAGAAAGAUCGAGGUCCUCAGCAUACCGUUCAUUAAGAAGUACAUCCAGUACGCCAAAUCGAGGAUAAAGCCCAUCUUGACCAAGGGUGCGGCGGACUAUAUCGUCGCGGCUUACAGUGCACUUCGAAACGAUGAACUGGAGGGCAAUCAAAGAAAGACCUCACCCAUGACCGCGCGUACGCUCGAGACCUUGAUUCGUCUGGCAUCGGCACAUGCCAAGUCGCGGCUGUCGAAUCGUGUGGAAGAGAAGGACGCGAAGAUCGCGGAAGGUAUUCUGCGGUUUGCACUGUUUAAGGAAGUCGUGGAAGAUGAGAAGAGGAGGCGAAAGAGGGCGAGGCGCUCUCCUGACCCAGAUGCUAUGUCUACCGACAGUGAAUCCGAUAGCGAUGACGACGCUGAUGCUGGUGAUGGCGCAUAUAGACCUGGUACUGGCAGGAGAUCAACAAGAACUCCUGGACGUAGCACGAGGGCAAAUGGUAGCACACCCAAUGGCGACGCUGGAGCUGGGGCUGGCGCAGGCGACGAUGACGAGGAUUUGUAUUCGUCAACACCAGCGAGACGUGGCACUCAACGAACAACCCAGACCAACGGCACGAACGGCGUCUCCUCACAAGUCAGCAUGGCAUCCUCGCAACCCGCCUCGCAGCUCCUGCAAGACGAGUCGCAAGAACAAGAAGAGGAGGAAGAUGACGACGACGACGACGAAGACCAACCCAACGGCACGGCAGCGGCCGUCUCAGCAGGCCGUCUACAGACCUUCCGAUCUGCUUUGGGUCAACUGAUCGAUGGCCCUCUGUUCGCCAACGACGCCGCGGAUGUGGAUCCCCUCAUCGCCGCCGUCAACGCCAGACUGAGGAGUGGCGAGAGUCGUUUCGAGGACGCGGAGGCGCGGCAAGCGCUUACCCAAAUGGCUGAUGGGAAUCUCAUCAUGUUCGAGGGUGGGAUUGUGUACAAGAUCUAG